AUGGUCUCAAAGGUCUUUUCCGACCUGUGGUUCUACGGUGCCCCGCGCCGCUCGAGGUGUCCUUGGCCACCUCUGGUGUCCCCCCCUGGUCCCCAGGGCUGUGUGUGUCCCCCCCCCAACAGCACCCCAGGACCUGACGGGUCUCCUCCUCCUCCUCCUCCUCCUCCCCACAACCCCCGCGCAGGCAACGUGGUGAACGGGACCAUCGCCCGGCAGAUGGUGGACAUGCUGGUGGAGUCCUCCAGCAACGUCACCAUGAUCCUCAAGUUCUUCGACAUGUUCCUGAAGCUGCGGGACAUCGUGGCGUCCGACGCCUUCCGCGACUACGUCUCGGACCCGCGGGGCCUCAUCUCCAAGAAGGACUUCCAGAAGGCGAUGGACAGCCAGAAGCAGUACGAACCCGCCGAGAUCCAGUUCCUCCUCUCCUGCUCCGAGGCCGACGAGAACGAGAUGAUCGACGUGGAGGCCUUCGCCGGCCGCUUCCAGGAG